AUGUCGGAUCGUCCACAGUCACGAGGCUUCAACACUUCUAGCGGUGGUUUCCGUUCAACUCCGCCGCCAUCUCAUGUUGGUAGCUAUACGAGCACUCCAAAUCGACCCACCAGCGCCAUGCGAUCGACUGGUGGCUCCUCUGGGGGAAGACCGACUAGUCAACGUGGCAGUAUUCUCACAGGAACCGCCCUUAGCUCACGAGCUGGUCUGAACAGUAGCUUAGUCGCUGCUAGUGCUACACCAAGAGCAUCAAUGGAGAGCGUUCAAGUCAUGGAUCGUCCAGUGACCCAGCAAGGGUUGUCGGGCAUGAGGACAUCACAGACGAGGUCUGGGAGACAGGUGCAAGACAAGAGCUAUUUCAAAGCACAGCUGAGGAACCGAAUAAAUGCCCUGUCGUCCGAGAUAGCCCUAUUCAAUAAGGAGAUGACUGAAAUCGCGCGAGAAAGUCAGUCAUACAAACAGUACCAACGUCGGCGUCAAUUAUUACUGGAAGAAGUUAAAGGUCUGGAAGGAGAGCUAGCUGACUAUAACCUCACGCUCGAUAAGCAGAGAGCCAACAUAAGAUCAGACGAGCUCGAAAGACAGUACAUGAGCGUGAAAGAGAAGAAUGUAUUUGGGAAACAACAGAUUGACGAGGUCUUCCUUCAAAAGAAGGAACGCGAGGAGGAUUUGGCUGCACUUGAGCAUAAAUUAUUCGAACAACAAUCAUAUCUUGAAGGACUAGUGGCUCGACUUAUUCCAGAGCAGAAGAAGGAGUACGAGAAGCUGAUAGCUGAGCAAGUCAAAUUGAAAGAUGCUAGCCACGAGCUGGAAGCAGCAAUGGAACCGCUACAGCAAAGACUAGCUGCAAGCAGUGAUAGACUUGAUAGGGAUCCGUCGCGUCGUCGUAUGCUGGCUCUAUCAAAAGCUCGAG